AUGCUUUCAAUGAUCUCAAUAAACGUGAUGUCCGGCGAUACAGAAACGUGCGCUAUGCAUCUUGAUGGAGCAUACCGCUUGAUAAACCAAGCAAGAAGCUGGAAGAAGAAGUAUUCUAGCAAAGCUCAAGCGCUCCACCGCAUAUAUUUCUUCCUGCGGACAGUUUACGAAAGCACCAGGAUGAAAUCUACAACCGCUCAGAGUAGCAACAGCGGCAGCCCCAUGCUGGGCUGGGGCACGGCUGCUGAGGCCACCUCAGGCGUCCUCCCAGAGGAUGGCCCAACACCGGAUGGCCGCUCGCCAUCUUCCCAGUAUUCAAAUGACAUGUGUACAUACGCACACAUCUACGGGGUGCCUCAUAGCCUACUGAUCCUGCUGAGCAGGACCGUUGAGGUUGUCCGUAUGAUCAUGGAAGAGCGGGAGCAGACAGGAGUACGAGGGCUGUCAUCGGAUUUAGCAGCCAAAUGCGACGAAAUGGAAUUAAGCAUCGUGGAGUGGCUCGCCGAUCCGAUAAACGACCCUGCGUCUCCAGGGAGAGUAACCCCAACCAACUCGGUCAUCAUGGAGCACAUGACUCGGGCUUUCCACAACGCAAUCAUCAUAUAUUUUGCACAGCACGUCCGCCUACUAAAGCUCCAGUACCUUCAACUGUUCAUCACGAAGGUGAUCGAUAGCAUAGAGACCAUAGAAAGAAUCAAGGCCGAGGCACAUAUCUUCGCCGCGCCACCUUAUUGGCCUGCGUUUAUAGCAGCGAGCGAGGCGUUUGAGCCAGCUCUCCAAGGGUGUUUCCAGAAAUGGUACAAGGAUGUGGAGAUUUAUAGAAUUGGGUGUAUCAGGACGGAAACCCAAGUGCUGUCAGAUGUCUGGGAUAAAGGCCCGUGCCCAGGAGCUACGCUUACUAGUAUAUGGAGAAUGGUACUUGAGAGAUGA